AGGCAAUGGUCCAAAUGGCAAGAUGGUUUUAAUUUAUAUCAGGAAUCUUGCAGUCCGUCUAGGGUCCGAAAGCAAUCUACAUGAUUCUUUGGUUAUCUCCCCAUAUUUUGACACAUUUAUGGCCCGUUUGCAAGGAGGUGGAAGUGGUCAUGAGCCUGCGCACGCGGGAUUUGUGGGGGAGGGGAUGCUGACAGCAGCUAUUUGUGGGGAUGUUUUUGCCUCUCCACCAGUUGAUUCAAUUCUAGCUGGCAUCCGUGCUGUAACUGGUCCUAUGGGAUGUCUUCUAAUUGUCAAGAAUUAUACUGGUGAUCGUUUAAAUUUUGGUUUGGCUGCUGAGCAAGCAAAAUCUGAAGGUUAUAAAGUGGAGACCGUAAUUGUUGGGGAUGAUUGUGCUUUACCUCCACCUCAUGGUAUAGCCGGACGAAGAGGAUUGGCUGGGACUAUUCUCAUUCAUAAGGUUGCUGGAGCUGCUGCUGCUGCUGGCCUUUCCCUUGCUGAAGUUGCUACUGAAGCAAAAUGUGCAUCAGAAAUGGUUGGAACAAUGGGUGUUGCGCUAUCUGUUUGCACACUUCCUGGACGGGGUACAUCAGAUCGUUUGGGUCCAGGGAAAAUGGAACUUGGCCUUGGAAUUCAUGGUGAACCUGGUGCUGCGUUGGCUGACAUUCAGCCUGUGGAUGUGGUGGUUUCUCAUGUUCUUACUCAAAUACUCUUACCGUCAUUAAGUCGACCACCACAACUUAAUCAACAAGGCCAGAUUCUUGAGGCGGCUAUUGAAGCAGCAGCAAAUGCAGUUAUCAAUCUUAGGGAUGGUCUAAAUGAAUGGGACAGCAAAUUAGGUGAUGGUGACUGUGGGUCAACAAUGCAUAGAGGUGCAACAGCAAUUCUGGAGGACAUUAAAAAUUAUCCUCUGAAUGAUGCUGCAGAAACAGUGAACGAAAUCGGAUCAUCUAUUAGAAGAGUUAUGGGAGGAACUAGUGGGAUCAUAUACAAUAUAUUUUGUAAGGCAGCAUAUGCACAGUUGACUGCAAGCUCCCAGUCAGUUGUCACAGCAAAACAAUGGGCUGAAGCACUUGAAGCUUCCAUUGCUGCAGUCAGUAAAUACGGCGGAGCUAGUGCUGGUUAUCGCACAUUGUUAGAUGCCCUUAUUCCAGCGUCAUCGAUGCUUCAGGAGAGGUUAAAUGCUGGGGAUGUUCCUUAUACUGCUUUUGUCCUCUCGUCAGAAGCAGCAUUGGCUGGAGCCGAGGCAACCAAGCACAUGCAGGCACAGGCUGGGCGUUCAAGCUAUGUCUCUGGGGAGAUCCUUUCAUCAGUUCCAGAUCCUGGUGCAGUGGCUGCAGCUUCAUGGUACAGAGCAGCAGCUUUAGCUGUCAAGGAAUUAUGUAACUGUCGUAUCCUCUAUGGCUGUUGGUGAUACUCGAGUGUAGGACUAAUUCUUCUCCGAGAAUUUUAUAAGGACGACUUAUGUCUUCUUUGAGUCAAAUGUGGUUUUUAAAAUUAUUAUUGAAUGCAUGAUAGGUUACUGUUAAAUUUUGAUCCAAUUGUAAUUUUAUUGGCUACAUUAAUUUUAGGAGAACUCAUUCUUCUCUCUCA